AUGAAAUCGAAGCUACGCAAAUAUCUCACGAGAUAUGCAUGGUGGACACAAGUUUUGAUGAUCAAUGUCCGUGGCGAGGAAUUGCUUCGUGCGAAGUGGCCUUUCUUCUUGUUUUCGAGUCCUGCCAACGAAGAGACCUUGAAAUGCUUGGACGAGCCAGGGGAAUAUAUCCCAACCAAGGAUCUAGCCGUAAACAGCGCCUAUUUUGCAAAUCAGAAGAUGCCGCCAGGGUGCGACUGUCGUAAGACAGGUGAUGCCGACAGUGAAUGUUAUAUAUUCGAAUGCACAUGUAUCUGCGAUUUGACCGCUGGGAGAUGCGACCCAAAUUGUUGCUGUGAUGCAGAGUGUAGCGAUUCACAAAGAAAUCGAUUUGAUGUGCUGGAGACGUGCCUACCAGAGGGUGGCACGGACCUACAGAUAACGAAGUGUUAUUCAACUAAGGAACUCGAUCGCAUCAACCCCAAAUUUCCAAUGUCUGCGCGAGGGAUUGCGAAAGGUUCAGUGGACCGUAUGCUCUGCGUGCGGUAUGAUAACUCAAAUUACCGAGGCCAAUUCUACGAGGACCCAGACUCUGUGAGCGAUCAAGAAUUCACCCAAAAUGAAUACGACUAUUCACAUUGGAAGAAAAGCCUCCUAGCAGAUGCUGUAUAUGCUAUAGACAAUCACUUUGACUCUGGCGAUUUGAUUGGUGUGGCAUUUUCGGUUGAGGAAGCACGCUCGCAACUAAAAAAUGUGCCAAUAUAUGAUGCGGAAGAGGGCGCAGAAAGAAAACUUGUAGAUGCGUUCUCCGGAAAGUUACCUCUGCCAAUGGCCACACAUCUUGGGGAGUGCUCCGAUUUCGGUCAAGCGCGAUUCGCCACGCCCAAGACGACGCGAUGCGUUCGGGCGUUCAGUGCUAGUCAAUUGAGUCAAGCAUGCAAUGGAAAUGUUCUCGAUGUUGGCCGAUUUCUCCGCAUUCAUGUCGGGAGCUACGCCAGUGCAUCGACAGCUGGCGCUGAUUGGAUCGAUGUUGUCCCUCGGUCAAUCAUUUGGCGUGAUUUUCACACUGGUGAGAUUGUCUACGGUACUAGCAAUGGGACUUGUGAGACUUUUUAUGACGCGCGUCUCACACAAGCAAAUCCAGCAAUAUCCUCACUUGCGCCAAGUCAACAACCGGUCACCUUGCCUGCAGCACUCACACUGAACGAAUCCUCCACGGCCUCCAACUGUGGGUUCCAGGCCGGAUUGGCAAGACCCGAGCCGCCUGCUUGCCGAAACGCCCUGGUUGGCAUCUGUUACACCCUAAUUCACCGCACAAGUGGCACCAACAAUAUUAUCGCUGCAUUUCUUGAUCUAGUCAUCACUGAUGUUCCUCUAGAAGCCGGAAAUGAUGACGGUCUUAUCGUUCUACAGCAGGAUUAUUCUGUCAGGAAAUCCGGGUUACAUCUUCGGUCGUCCAGUGCUUGCAGGGGAAAUUGUGAAAACAACAGCAGAACAAAACGAGAUGGACUUUGUACAAUUUCCAACAACUACAUGGUUGAUUUGCCCUUUGGUGUCAGCAUGAGAACUGGGUGCUUACUUCAAUUUAAUCGGUCAGAACUGCGCGACUUUUGUGUCUACACGCGGCCACUGCAAUACUUCAAUGUAUCUAACAUAUUUGACGUAGAUACUGUCAAAAUUCGUGAUGACUAUGCAUCUUUCAGGGUUGGCAUUUUUGGCAACGCAGAUCCACUAGAUGUGUCGCAGUGGCGUAAGAUUGACGUCCAGGCAGCUGCCAGAAUUGUAUGGGCAUAUGUCGGGUCACGAACCAAUCCACAAGCCAAGGUCCUAGCUGCGCGUGUCGAUUUCUCAAAAUCAGACAUUCGCCAUGAUUUCAACCAUAUUAACACGGCAAGGACCGAGUUUUCCAUUGCUACAACUGCAACUUUCAUCCAACGAGCAAACAAGCCCGCAGACUACUCACCCCCGUCUCCACCAGUUGCUAUAUCGGUCCCCUACGAUGUCUGGUACCCGUUUAAGAUCGAUUCUGGUGAGUCAACGCGGAAUCCGCCUCGAUUCCGCCUCGAUUCCGCCUGUUUCCCCGUCUCUCGGAACGCCGCAAUUAAGGCGGGAUAGUGGCGGAAUCGGAAGGUAUUCCCGCCGGGCUAACAUAUCCCGCCAGUUUUAUGCAAAUUAAUAAAAACAAAGCUGUAGACGGAAAGAAGCUUCAUAAAAAUGCAGCGUAUAAAAUU